GUCCGCCCUGGGAUCUGAAACGUUGCCGUUUGCGAUCGAGCACACUUUGGACGUGCUAUUUGAGAUUUUCAGGCAGCAUGUUCCCAAGACGAGCGCCGCCUUCUUGACCGUCGCUCAACGUGGCCAAUACGAUGGGUGCCCGGUACAUCGGUUCGUCCCUGGAGGGUGGAUUCAAGCCGGUGACGUUGUCGAUGGCAGCGGGGGACACAGCGGUGCUAUAUCGGCCAGCCCAUCACCAGAAAGCUUUCUGGUGACUCAUGACGCUGCAGGUGAGGAUGAGCUACGCUAUUACUCACACGCUCACGUAGAGUCAAUCAAUGAAUCAUGCUGCCCCCUCGCGACUUACUCGCGAUUCAGUUCUAUGCACAAGCUGCAGAGUGGUGGGUUCAUCUCGUUCCACCACGGAAAUUAUAGUCGUAUCAAAAGAUCUGCCUUCGUCAAACGAUUCCGUAGAGGUCUAUUGGAACCAAACGCGAACAUACCAAACUUUCACGAGUACACAGAUUGACAUAAUUAAUCCUUGUACGGUCUGCACCUACUUGACUCCUCAAUUCUAAAAGCCCGCAUUUUACGGCUUGUACCGUUACAUUCGGGAGAGAGAUGUGCAGGCUAUCGUACCACUUAACUACAUUGAUUCAAGGGAAUUUCCCAUGCACACAUCGUACUGAAUUGAGACCACUCACGAGUACUUCUUAGGCGUCCUGAUUCUGCAGCUUCUGGUGUUAUGCUAAAACUCGGGAGCAACCAACGACCACUUGAACAGGAAAACGCAAACCAGAACUGUUGCAAUAGUGGAGAUCGCCAACUGAGUGGAGUUUUGGGCAUGUGCCCAUGUGCAACGGGAGGAACGGGAACACAGUUCUAUGUGAGCCUGAAACCGCUUGCAGCGUUUGACAAGAAGUUCGUUGCCAUCGGUCGUUCGGUCAUGGGAAUGAACGCGCUGUUGCUCCUGCUGCAGCGACAGCUAGUACCUUGUGACGCCAACACUCAAAGACCCGCUGGGGAUGCACUUUUUAUUAAGAAAAUCGACGUUUUCAUCGAUUAAUUACUCGUUUUUUGCCAGACGGGGUCCAUGCUUCCCGCAGUUGCGACGUUGACUCUGCAUGAUCUCUGAAAGUAUGCUCGUGAGACCUGUGUCGGAUGCCCUGACUGCUGUAGAAAAACCAACCAGACGAUCCACCGGAAUAGACCGUGUAUCUCUAAAUAAAACUCU